ACAUUUCCUUGGCAGAAAAGCGACAUCUGCUACAGUGGGACAGUGACAUCGCGUACCGGAAAGGAUCAACAAAAAUCUGGGUACCCAAUUACCCUCCUUUGCGCCAGUUACUACUCGAAGAAUACCACGACGUCCUGUACGCCGGACACUUCGGUAGCAACAAGACGCUCACCGGUAUCGCUAAACACUACUACUGGCCCCAUAUGGCAGACGACGUCCAGAAAUUCGUCACCUCGUGUGAUACAUGUCAGCGGAUGAAGAGCAGCAAGCAGAAAAAGGCGGGACUACUGCAGCCUCUUCCUGUCCCAGAACAACCAUGGCAAGUGGUUAGCCUGGACUUCAUUACCGGGUUACCACCUACCUCCAGCGGUCAUGACGCCAUCCUUGUCGUCAUUGACAAGUUCUCCAAAAUGGGACACUUCAUCCCGACACACACGACGGCACGCACCGAGGAGACAGCACAGCUCUUCGUUCGUCACAUCAUCUCACAGCAUGGCAUCCCAACUACACUCAUCUCCGACCGAGACCCCAAGUUCACUAGCAAGUUCUGGAAGGAACUUAUGUCUCUGCUCGGCACCAAACUCGCCAUGUCAUCCGCAUACCAUCCGCAGACAGACGGACAGACCGAGCGCCUCAACCAAAUUGUUGAGCAACUCCUCCGAGCAGCCUGCAAGGACGACAUCUCCAAAUGGGACUUGCACCUGCCCGUACUCGAGUUUGCUUACAACAAUGCCACACAUGCCGCUACUGGACAGACGCCGUUCUUCCUCUGCUACGGACGCCACCCACUCACACCACAAAAACCGACAGCAUCACCUACACCAUCUCCCAUCUAAACUUCGACCUCGCUUCUGCG